CCAUUUGUCUUUCUGCCUUCUCUUCAUGCACCACCCUCGGUAGUCAGGCAGUCCAUAUCGUGGACAUAGCUCUUCUCAAUAUGGUGUUCCAUUCGAGGACGGUUGCCGCAGCUGCUACUGUUGCCCUGCGAGUCGUGUCCUUCAUCUUCCUGCGCAUGGUCGCGCUCCCUCCGCUUAUGACGAUCGUCUACACACUGUUCGCCAUCUACAUCCCCGCAUUCUUCUCAAACUAUAUCGACGAGCCGGAAUACGAGCUCGUUGACGAGGUCGACAUUGCAGUUGCGACCAGCAUAGAGAACGAGGACGAAAUCGUCCGUGGAGAAACAGACGAAGCCAUUGUGGUCGAAGAUGUCGUUGUCCAGGAGACAAUUGCCCCCGUCAAGAGGCACAUCUCGCCUCUAGAGACGCUGCUCUUGGGCACGCCCAAUCCGACCAGCCUGCUUUCUUCGGCCAUGACAUUUCUUAUUAACGCCGCUUGUGUCGCAAUGGUCACCGACAUGGUCUUCACGCCACGGUGGACUCACCCGAGCCAUGACCUUUCUUUUGCUCGUGUUGGCUACGUCUCCAACUCGGAAGCCAAGCUGCUGAUCAGAGAGCCGGACCAGGCGAAAAUGCCCGUCACUGUCGAAGUCCACAUCAAGGAUGCCGUCGCGCCAUUUGACAAUGCCCUAUGGCAGACCGCUGGUGGAGUGCACUGGACGUCGAACGACACUGACUAUACUGCCGUCGUUAGCAUUCCCUUGGGCCACCCAGAUCAGCGGACGUAUGAGUGGCGGACAUCAAACAACCACUCCGGAGAGUUCACGUCGGCCCCGAAGCCAGGCAGGAUGCCCGACUUGCAUGACGGGAAGUUCACCUUCUUAUCCACAUCCUGCAUUGUGCCCCGUCUUCCCUACAACCCGCUCGAUCACCCUCUGUCGUUCCCGGGCAUGAAGCACUUGGCCAAAGUACUCCCCACUCUUGGGGCUCAGUUCAUGCUGUUCCUUGGCGACUUCAUCUAUAUUGACGUCCCAAGACGAUUCGGCGAUCGCACUGAGAACUACCGCCAGAAGUAUCGCCAAGUAUACGCCUCUCCUGACUGGCCUGCUGUUGGACAAAAUCUUAGCUGGAUUCAUGUGCUCGACGACCAUGAAAUUCUCAACGACUGGGACUCCCAGGAUACUGGUGUAUACGAGAAUGCCGUGGACCCCUGGCAUCAUUACCAGACGGCUGCAAACCCCCCGACAGCGAGAAGAGCCAAGGCAGCAUCUGCCACGCUUAGGGGCGAGCCCACCUACUUCUCCUUUAUGCAGGGACCUGCAAGCUUUUUCAUGUGGGAUACACGGUCGUAUCGGUCAUCGAAUUCUGAACCGUUCGACGACGCGGCAAAGACUAUGCUUGGAGAAGCCCAGCUGGAAGACUUCCUGGAAUGGCUUCGUGAGCCAGUACCCAAGGGCGUCAAGUGGAAGAUCAUUGCCAGCUCGAUCCCAUUCACAAAGAACUGGCGCGUCAACACUAGGGACACGUGGGGCGGCUUCCUUGUCGAGCGCAAGAAGGUACUCGAGGCAAUGUGGGAAGCCAGUCACAAGCUGGGAGUUGGCAUCGUCAUUCUGUCGGGUGAUCGCCACGAGUUCGGUGCGACCGCCUUCCCUCCGCCCAAGGACAGCGCUUGGCCAGAAAGUGCAACUGUACAUGAGUUCUCCGCGAGCCCUCUUAACCAGUUCUACUCGCCCAUCGGAACUUAUAAGCAGACUGAUGGUGAAGAUGUUGAGCUCAAGUACAUCAACUCUGGCAACACCAAGUUUGGAGCCAUCACCAUCGAGAACCACGCUGGCGGCGAUCAGAGCAGUCUCACAUACAAUCUGUACCUUGACGACAAGCUUGUGUGGGACGUUGAGCUAUUAUCUCCUCUAGUGACGCCAGCGGACAAGGCCUCCAGAUCGCUGUGGGAGAAGCUUCGCGGCGCAUAGGGUGCAAGUAAACUGGACUUCUGUUCUGGAAUAAAUCGGCGUUACGCAGGCUUGAGGCUGGAUCGAAACAAAAUGUGGCAAAACGGUCAAGAUUGGUGUGCAACUGAGCGCAAACCUCAACAACAAAUAUAAAGCAUGACGAUGACUGAGCACGUCCAUCCGUUGUUCACAGAGACAAAACGUGGUUUGGGUGCAGUUUAUGUGGAGGCCUUGAUGACCUGACCUUGCAUGAUCCACCCACGAACUGUCUUGUCCUUAACGCUUGACGCUUGACGCUGUCCUUGGUGGGGGAGGUUAAUCAAUAGCUGCCCUCGCUCACUUGCAGCAGGCGAGUCGUCCUCAGGCUUUAAUGAGACAUUUGAUUGGGGGAAAAGAAAUAGUGCCGAAGUAGUAUGAACAGUUCAGAAGCACAGCUGAGACAGCCUUCUGGAACAGUGGCGCAGGCAUUACACCCAAUCCCACUUUGCAACAUUGCUUUUUCUUCGACACCCUUUC